UGAGACAGCCUCUCAAGUUCUUUAAAUUUGUUUUCAUUGGAAGAAUCUUGCAUUACAUUACUUUAGACUGCUGCUGCAUGAUAUUCUUUAGGUUGCAAGAAAAGACAAUAUGAAGAGUAGCCAUCUGUUAGAUUUCCUCAUUUGUUUUCCUAUGGGCAAGAUCCCUAUUCAAGUUUAAAUCCAACUUUUCUGGGGUAAAAAUGAAACAUUUAUUUGGAAUUUACCCCUUUCACCUUUGCUUUUGAGUAUAUACAUUGGACACUGGAUUCAAUCUAUUGUGGGUCCUGGCAGAUUUCCUCUCAUCCUACCAACUGCAAGACAGCACAAGAGAUGAUCAUCAAGAAAAAAGUCUCUGUUUUCACUAUGGCAUUUGCCAUAGUUGGUUUAAGCAUAUUCUCAAUGCUGAACUAUACUGAAAUCUUGUCAUUCUGUCAAGAGGCCACGUCAAUUUUCAAGAGAAAGGACAGUGAUUUUUUCAAACUGCCCAAUAUAGAUUGCAGAAGAACUCCACCAUUCUUAGUAAUACUUGUAACAUCUCAUCCUAGGCAAAUUAAGUCUCGGACAGCUAUCCGUGAAACAUGGGGCAAAGAAAGAGUAAUUGCUGAGAAACGCAUUGUGACAUUUUUUCUCCUGGGAAACACUUCACAGCCCUUUGACAGGCUUAUUGUUACUACAGAAAGUUCGCUAUACAGAGACAUCAUCCAAAAGGAUUUUCUGGAUACGUACUAUAAUUUAACGCUAAAGACAUUAAUGGGCUUUGAAUGGAUUCACAAAUUUUGUCCACAGUCUAGCUUUGUCAUGAAAACUGAUUGUGAUAUGUUUGUUAAUACCUAUUACUUGGUAGAACUGCUUUCAAAAAGAAGCCAAACAACCAGAUUCUUCACAGGUAUUUUAAAAAUGCAUGAUAGUCCAAUAAGGGAUCCAGGGAGUAAAUGGUAUGUGAGUAAAGAAGAAUACCCAGAGAAUAAAUACCCUCCAUUUUGUUCAGGAACUGGUUAUGUCUUAUCUACUGAUGUUGCUAGUCAUGUGUACAUGGUUUCACAAAAGGUUCGUUUUUUAAAAUUGGAAGAUGUGUUUGUAGGUAUGUGCCUGGCUGAACUCAAAAUUGAACCUGAAGUACUUCAUUCGGAGCCAACAUUUUUUGCAUCCAGGGUUGAAUUUUCUCCUUGCCGCUACAGGAAACUUAUCACAAGUCAUUUUGUCACUGCUGCUGAAAUGCUCAUAUACUGGACUGGACUAGAGAGGUCCAUGGUAGAAGAAUGCCCAGAGAUUCAAUGAAUAGCUGUAAUCAAUAUUGCAUUGUUUAUUCAUUCACUGAUUAAAAUCACCAACAAUCACCUCUCCAUGACUGACACAGGUCAUUUUGAUAAUAUGUUAAAAUAAUAUAUUAACACUAUAAUGCAUAUUAAAGUAAAAUAUGACCA